CUGUGAUUCCCGAGCAGUGAAGGAAGAACAAGGAGGACUGAGUCUUCAGCCUUGACAGAAUCCAGGAUGUGAAAAAAGAGAGGAACUAUAAAGAGGAACCGAAACGCAAAGUGACUGAGACUACUAGAAUGAUAAAGUGAAAAGCAGAGUGCCCCCCUCUUUCAGGAGGUAUUUCUCUUAGCCAAGAAGUUUUGUAUAAAACUUGGAACAAAGGACUGCUGGGAAUCAGCUGGACAGUUACAUACUGCAAGGGGAAAUCAAAGAAAAAAUGUGGAGAUUUGGAAAUGUAUGACUGCAUGACUACAGCAAUGAAGGAUAUUUGUAACUGGAAUUAAAGGAAGUAACACAAAAGGUCACAAGGAUUCUUACUCUCCAGAUGUUCAUUGGCGGAUCUCCAGUAUGGAACAGAGCAAACAACAUUUGCAGCUGGAACAAAAUGUGGAAUAAACAGUUACAUUAUACCAAAAUGUAUGCUACAGCUUUCAACUGUUCCUGGAACACCCUGAUGAGUAAAGUGGAAUAUGAGCACCAAAGCACACAGGUUGGGAGAUAAAGUCGAGGAAAUCAUCUCUAAACAUUGGACAUGGAGUUGCUCUAUUCAGCUGGGACAGCGGGAAUGUUCCUGGUACUGCUAGCCAUCCUAAGGCCCUGGAUUGUUCAGGCUGUUGAAACUAGCUCCCUGCCAGCACCCACCUCAGCCGUUGAUAGUUCAGAGAUUGUGGACUGGUUGACACGAUAUGGUUACCUCCCAGCAUCUGAUUCAGUGACAGGGCAACUGCAAACAUGGGAGGCUGUGACCAGUGCCAUCAGAAAAAUGCAGCGGUUUGCUGGCAUUGAAGAAACUGGCAUCUUGGAUGCUGCCACACUGGAGCUGAUGAGAACUCCUCGCUGCUCCCUGCCUGAUAUCCAUGACACCAGUGGGAACAGCACACGCAGAAGACGCAGUACAAGAUCAGCAUGGAAAAAAAAGAAUAUCUCUUGGAGAAUCCGGACAUACCCAAAGGAUCGACAGCUGGGUCAUGGAACCAUCCGUAGCUUGAUGCACUAUGCCUUGAAGGUCUGGAGUGAACCAACACCUCUUGAAUUCCCUGAAGUGGCUGGAAGUGGGGCAGACAUCAUAGUGGAGUUUCUGAAGGCUGACCACCAGGAUGGUUACCCCUUUGAUGGACCUGGAGGGAUGGUGGCACAUGCCUUUUUCCCCAGUGACCAGCAUCGGGCUGGAAAUGUUCAUUUUGACAGUGAUGAAGACUGGACAUUUCGUUCUCCUGACAGUCAUGGGACAGACCUUUUUGCUGUGGCUGUGCAUGAAUUUGGUCAUGCACUUGGCCUCUCACAUCUGUCAGCCAAGAAGUCGAUCAUGCGCCCUUACUACCAUGGACCUGUGGGAGAUCCAUUGGAGUACCAACUCCAUGAAGAAGAUAAGAAUGAGAUAUGGAAACUUUAUGGUGCCAGAAAAAUACUAGCAACAGAGAACCCUGAUGUCAUUACAGCAAAUUCCCCAAUAAUGCCUAAUACUCACCAAGAAUCCCCAACACUGAGAAUGAAGAAAGGCAUUCCAGAUCGAUGCAGUGGACACUUUGAUGCCAUAACACAGAUCCGUGGUGAAAUUUUCUUUUUCAAAGGGAAAUACUUUUGGCGGGUGACCCAUGGAGGCCACCUGGCAUCCAUCCGACCUGCACAAAUUCUACGCUUCUGGCAUGGCUUCCCAAGAGAACUAAAUCGAGUGGAUGCUGCAUAUGAGAGGAGCAAGGACCACAGAAUUGUUUUCUUUAAAGGUACACACUACUGGAUAUUCAGAGACAAUAGUCUGGAGGAAGGAUACCCAAGGCCUGUAACUGACUUUGGUCUGCCUGAUGGGGGGAUAGAUGGUGCAGUAUCUCGGCAUGAAGAUGGGAAGACCUAUUUCUUCAGAGGAAAUCAGUAUUGGCUUUAUGAUGAUGAACUGGGAAGCAUGGAACCAGGGUAUCCAAAGGAAAGCAUAGAUCUUACUCUGAAUCUUGAUGAUGCUAUCAGAGACACUGAUGGAUCUAUCUGUAUUUUCAGGGGUAAGGAAUAUUGGAAACUUGCAGGUGAUGCUUUAAACCCAGAACCUGGUUACCCACGACCCAUUGCCCAGGACUGGAUGGAUUGUGAGGGCAGUGAUUCUAGUGGAAUGCCUAAUUUAUCUUUAACUACCAGUGCCUCACCCGGUGCCAAAGUUCACAAGGAUUUUCGAUGGAAAGAGCCACACCCCAAACUAGAGACAGGGAAAUGUGAGUGCCAAAAUGCUGCUUCCAUGAAAGACAUGAAAAUGACCUUUGCCUUAAAGCUACAUGGCCUUUCAUUGUUUUCCAUAGUUUUCUCUGUGGCUGCAAGAUAAGUAAUCUGAAAGGAAAUGUAAGAACUACUUGGUCUUUUACUCCAUAAUAAAUCUAGGAAAAAGAGAUAAGAAAACAGCUUCACCUUGCCUAGACACUGCAUGCAUUUGAUGGCUGCAUGACUUGAGGAAACCUACAGACUGUACAGUGGCUAAUGAUAUUUCACAGCAUUGGCACAUAUUUUCUCCAGUGAUCCCUGCUGACAGAAACUGGAACUACAGCAAUAGUGAUUUGUGCCUCUAGGUGGAACUAAAAGGGCCAGAGAUACAUCAACAGGGUGUACACAACAUCAGGCAGUGUGCAUAUACACACAUAUAUAAAGAGAACUAUGAAAGCUUGGGCUUGAAGUAAUUGUGACUGGCCAUUAUUAAUACAACCCUGGACCACUAUUAAUUAGGGUGAAGCCAGAAUACAUACAAGCUCUCCCCCACCAGUGACUAUACCUAGGCCAUUCUUAACAUUAACUCCUUCAAGCAGAGUAAUCUUUAAGUACUCUCAAGAAAGAGACGUUCUACACAGUUGUGCUUUCCAUCACUGAUGACAUGCCAGCAGGAUAGAUUCAGAAUAUUUACAACUCCUUAUUCUUACCAAACAUUACAGAAAUGGAUAUGAGUGAUGCAUUAACGCUUAUGCUGUGACAAGCCAAGACUGCAGUAUAAAUUUGUAGUUCUGUUGUUCUGUUUUUAGCUACUAUAUGUUGCUAGUGCCUUUGGGGUAACUAUUUUUGUAAGAAAAUAUUUUGACCAUUUUGAUUCUUUGCUUUCUGUUUUUGUCUUUACUUUAAUACACAAUCUUCUUGUUAUGUAAUACAGGUGGUAAUUUUAAAACAUUGUGGAAUAUAUAUGUCUGACUUCCUGGUCUUUGCUGACUGAAACAAGAAAAUGUUAAUAUCAUGCAGUUUUCCUUCAAGGUGAACCACUGUACAUUAUUUUGUUAGAAUAUGUAUAUAUUUGCUAUCUGUAUUGCAUUUUGAGAUGUGUAUAGUCAUGUUCAUCCCGAAUAUAAAUGUUUUUUUUUCUUUUGUUCCUA